AUGGAUGGAAACCAACUUGUAGUAACUUGUUCGAUUUCACAGAAUAAAAAUUCUUUCAUCCCUACCUACGCUCUUAUUGAUACCGGAGCAUCAGGAUACGCUUUCAUUGACGAAUCUUUUGCACGCCACAACAAUCUUGCAAUGACCCCUCUUAAAAUACCUCGCCAUGUAGACGUUAUAGACGGAAGGCCUAUUGAAUCAGGAAAAAUCACCCAUAUUGUCGAUGUCUCACUGGACAUUCAUGGUCAUCGGGAGACUGUGCCAUGUUUUGUGACGAAGUUAGGACACUAUCCGAUUGUGAUGGGGAUACCUUGGAUGCGACGUCAUGAUGUUACGAUUCGACCAAAGGAAAAUCUACUUAUUUUCGAUUCUGGAAGCUGUUGUCAACACUGUUCACUUGAUGGGACUACAGUUAUUGUUCAUGGCAUCUCGAUUCCUUUACCGGAACACCAUACAGUUAUCGUUUCAGCAACCGAGAAAUCUACCAUCGACAUUAAACAACUAGUACCAAAGGAAUUUCACCAUCGUCUCCAUAUGUUCGAAGAAUAUGACGCUUCAAUUCUUCCACCACAUCGACCAUCCCAUGAUAUUGAAAUAGUAUUGGAAGAAGGCAAACGACCACCAUAUGGACCUAUAUAUGGAUUAUCUCAAAUCGAGUUAAAGGCACUACGAGAAUAUCUUGAUGAAAAUUUACCCAAAGGAUUUAUUCGGGCUAGUGAGUCACCAGCGGGAGGACCUAUAUUAUUUGUGAAGAAAAACGAUGGAACCCUCCGACUUUGUGUGGAUUAUCGAGGUCUAAAUGCAAUCACAAUCAAGAAUCGAUACCCACUACCAUUGUUCAAGGAAACUCUAGCCAAGUUGUCAAGAGCACAAUACUAUACCAAGUUGGAUUUGCGCUGGGGAUAUAAUCAAAUCAGAAUAGCGGAAGGGGAUAAAUGGAAGACGGCAUUCCGGACUCGAUAUGGACAUUUCGAAUAUACAGUAAUGCCGUUUGGAUUAGCUAAUGCCCCUGCUACCUUUCAACAUUGGAUCAAUGAUAUCUUACGUCCCUACCUCGAUCAAUUCGUAACGGCAUACUUAGACGAUAUCCUUAUCUACUCCGAGACUCUAUCGGAACAUAAAGAACACAUUCAAAAGUUCUAA